UUUAAACAAAAAAGAAAAGCAAAAAAAAAAGAAGAAGAACAAUAAGAAGAAGAAUAAAAGCUUCUUUUGCAUGAAAUUUCCUUCAGAGACGUCAGACGACACAAUUCGUAUUUUGAUUAUCAUCAGCUAGAACAGAAUAUAAUCAGAAACCUGUUAGUAGGAGGAGGUGGUUACACAACAACGAUUAUUGAAAGAGAAGCAAAAAUUUGAACAAAAUAUCAGCAAAAUGGCUCAAAGAAGUCAUCAGUAUUUUAGUUUACGCUGGAACAACUAUCAAAACACCAUGACUUCGGUGUUCCAGCAAUUGCGUGAAGAUUUAUCAUUUGUGGAUGUAACGCUUUCCUGUGAACAUGGUUCCCUGAAAGCCCACAAGGUUGUACUCUCCGCGUGCUCUUCAUAUUUUCAAAAAUUAUUGCUGGAAAAUCCUUGUAAACAUCCAACGAUUAUAUUACCGGGCGAUAUUAUAUUUACAGAUUUAAAAACAAUUAUUGAUUUUGUUUAUCGCGGUGAAAUUGAUGUCACCGAAUCCGAACUACAGGGUCUCCUGCGUACCGCCGAACAAUUAAAAAUCAAAGGUCUUUGCGAGACGGCUGAGAAUGCGGAUGAUUUAAACGACGCUGCCACUGCUACUAUCACUGUCUCCGAGAAUAUACAACAAGCCGUGGUCGGCAAUAUUGUUAACGCCACUGUUGUACAAGGUCAACCCUCACCGCCCAUACCCCACCAACAUCAACAACAGCAGCAACAGCAACAGCAGCAGCAGUUAGCCAAUGCUGCUGUUCUCGCACACUCUGUAAGUCCCGCCAGUGCACAACAAUUUGUUACAAGUGGUCAGUUAGUUACUUCGACGCCAGUCGUAACGCAGCAACAACAGCAAUUAAGUCGUAAAUCUCGUGUACGUAAACGUUCAAAAUCGCCAGAUUUGCAACAGUUACAGCAACAGCAUCAUCAGCAAUCUCAACAUCCGCAAGCAAUUCUUAUACAAAAUCAGAAUCAAGCUGCCAUCGUUAGUUUGCAACAGACUUCGGCUGGAAAUUAUAUACCGGUAUCGGGUGUUCAAACGGUUCAAACCACUUCGGGUGGCGGACCACCGCAACCUGGUACUACAAUAGUAACGGCAGACGAUUCGGACUCUGAUAAACCGACUCUGCAGAAAAUCUGUAAAACCGAAGAGGCUUCGGCUUCACCGGCUUCGACGUCAUCGGCUUCGGCCUCGAAUAAUGCAGCUGGCGUAACUGCAGUGGCCAGCUCAGGACCGGCGAUUGUCACACAAAUUGUAGUAGCACGCGACGGCAAAGAUAAAAAUAUGACUAGUUUAGGCAUGGGCAUGAAUGGCGGCAUUUUAGGAGUACCGAUGGGCUUUUUGGACUUCGCUCCUGAACCCCCAGCACCUUCAGCAACCCCUGUCACUGUUACUGAACACGUAGAUCUAUCUUGUAACCCUAGUACAGACACAAGAGAUCUAUCGAACCCCUCAGAACCGUUAGAUAUCGAUAAUCAUUUAGCUCAGCAUAUGAUACAGCGGCUCGAUCAAUCACCCAUGCAUACCAUACAUCAUCAAACCGGUGAUGAAUCCAAUUCGAAUCUUGUGCAGCAUAUCAAAAGCGAGGUAAUAGAAGCCAAGCAACAACAGGUGCAACAACAGCAACAACAGCAGCAGCAACAAGCUGCCGCUGCUGCUCAUCAUCAGGCCCAGCAACAGCAUUUACAUGCUCAACAGCUGGCAGCCGCCCAAGGGCAAGCUCAUCAACAACAGCAGCAAGUUCAUCAGCAGCAACAACAACAACAGCAGGCUCAUCAGCAACAUCAACAGCAGGCUGCAGCUCAUCAGCAUCAUCAACAGCAACAGCAACAGACCCACCAAGAAAUUACAGGAGCCACGGUGAUGGAAAUAGAUCCGAGCCAAAUUAAACAUGAACCCGGCAUGAUAAUAACACCGGAAAUUGUGAAUAUGAUGACAACUGGGCAUAUGGACAUGUACAAUUCCGACACGAGCGAUGAUUCAAUGAUGAUUGCUAAUGGUUCACCCCACGAUCAAAAUGAACCCCAUUACACGAAUUUAGAUCAACAACAGCAUGGUGGCGAACUCAAAGGUCAGUUUAAUGGUCCCAAAACUUGGACACAAGAUGAUAUGAAUUCAGCUUUAGAUGCUCUAAAGAAUCAAAAUAUGAGUCUGACGAAGGCCUCCGUUACAUAUGGCAUCCCCUCAACUACACUGUGGCAGCGUGCUCAUCGUAUGGGCAUUGAAACGCCUAAAAAGGAGGGUGGUACAAAAUCUUGGAAUGAAGAUUCAUUGAAUAAUGCCUUGGACGCGUUGCGUUCCGGACAAAUAUCGGCUAAUAAAGCGUCUAAGGCCUACGGUAUACCUUCCUCGACUUUAUAUAAAAUCGCUCGACGUGAAGGCAUACGCUUAGCGGCACCAUUCAAUGCAGCACCCACCACUUGGACUCAAGAUGAUUUGGAUCGCGCUCUGGCGGCUAUACGAGCCGGUCACACAUCGGUACAGAAGGCAAGUGCUGAGUUUGGUAUACCAACAGGCACUUUAUACGGCCGCUGUAAACGUGAAGGUAUAGAGCUCUCAAGGUCAAAUCCUACACCUUGGUCCGAGGAUGCUAUGAAUGAAGCCUUAAAUUCAGUACGCGUGGGUCAAAUGUCCAUUAAUCAAGCCGCUAUAAAUUAUAAUUUACCCUAUAGUUCUCUGUAUGGCCGAUUUAAGCGAGGUAAAUACGAUGUCUCCAAUGCCAGUGGCACAUCACUGAAUAACACCUCGGGCAAUACAUCAGCCAGCAUUGAAAUUAUUGAACAUAGUCAAGAGAAUUCGUUGCAUAUAUUACAGCAACAGUUCCAGUAUAGUCCAUCGCCGCACCAAUCGGGUCACGGUAGUAGUACGCCGCAGCAGCAAACAGGCCAAACACCACAGCAUAUUCAACAGCAUGUGGUGCAUAUACAGCAGCAACAUCACCCAUCUCAACAGCAACACGGCCAGCAUAUUCAACAGGAUGUUGUGGUUACAUCAAGCAGUCAGCAACAGCAAGUACAUCAACAUGGCGGCAGCUCAACAGCGGCCGGACAACAGCAGCAACAGCAAAUCCAACAGAUCUAUCAUCAUCAUAGCACACCCGAAAGGAGUUGAGAAUCACUGCAAGUCGUGCCCGCUGCAGCUACAGUGGCUGUAGCUGCGGUAUCAGCAAAUAUUAGCCAUAUUGGCGGCGGUGGUAGUUUAACCAGCAACAAACGUAAAAAACUCUCCAGAAGUAAACGUUGAAAACUGAAAAAGAGUAAAAGCUGUUGAAAAAAUUGUAUAAAUUUCUUUUUUUUUUCUAAUAUUUUAUCAAUAUGUGGAAGGGAAAAAAGGUGUUAAGGUCAGCAAUCGGGUGUAAUGAAAAAAAAAUUUUUUUUUUUUUUAAAGUCUAUUUAAAUUUGUUUGUUCGGGAGAGUUUACGAUACAUGCAAACGCUGUAAGGAAAAAAAAUACACACACACACACACAGACACACACACAUAUUAUCACAUAUUUAAGUUAGAAUUUUAUAUAAUAAUAAGUUAACGACCGCUGUUAUUCUCUAGUUUUUCUUUUUUUUAACCACUCUUUCCUCCACUCCACUGAAAUUGUGACUGCACUUUUAAUUAUAUAAUAACUCCGUUAUCCAAAAAAAGAAAAAAAAUAAAAAUGAAAAAAAAAAAAA